AUGUUCUGCAGUGGGGCCCAGAGCCCUGGGCAGUUGCACACGGCACCUGAAGGCAGGCCUGCAGAAGCCCUGGAAGUACAUCCUCGGAAACAGUUUUGCCAUUGGCCCUGUACAUGCCCUCGUCAGAGGCCCUAUUGUGUUCCUGGAGUGAGCUUGGUGAGGGACGGCUGUGGGUGCUGUAAGAUGUGUGCCAAGCAACCUGGGGACUUCUGCAAUGAAGCUGAUGUCUGUGAUCCACACAAAGGGCUGUACUGUGAUUAUUCUGCAGACCAGCCUCGGUAUGAGACAGGCAUAUGUGCAUACCUCAUUGCUGUGGGAUGUGAGUUCAACAAGGUACAUUAUCAUAAUGGCCAAGUGUUUCAGCCCAAUCCCCUGUUCAGUUGCCUCUGUGUGAGUGGGGCCAUUGGCUGCACACCCCUGUUCAUCCCCAAGCUAACUGGUCGUCACUGCUCUGGGGUCAAAGGUGGAAAGAAGUCUGAAUCAUCAAAAUGUGACUUGGAAUCAUUACAACAGCAGCGUUCAGCAAGCUACAAAACAAUGCCAGCUUACAGGAAUCUCCCACUUAUUUGGAAAAGAAAAUGUCUUGUGCAAGCAACAAAGUGGACUCCUUGCUCUAGAACUUGUGGGAUGGGAAUAUCUAACAGGGUCACAAAUGAAAAUAGCAACUGUGAAAUGAGAAGAGAGAAAAGAUUGUGUUAUAUACAACCUUGUGACAGCAACUUAUUAAAGACAGUAAAGAUCCCCAAAGGAAAAACAUGCCAACCUACUUUCCAACUCAUCAAAGCUGAAAAAUUUGCCUUCUCUGGAUGCUUAAGUACUCAGAGUUACAAACCCACUUUCUGUGGAAUAUGCUUGGAUAAGAGAUGCUGUGCUCCUAAUAAGUCUACAAUGAUUACCAUUCAAUUCGAUUGCCCAAAUGAGAGGUCAUUUAAAUGGAAGAUGCUGUGGAUUAUAUCUUGUGUAUGUCAGAGAAACUGUAAAGAUCCAGGAGAUACAUUUUCUGAGCUCCAGAUUCUAUAA